AUGUUUCUGAAGCAAUGUGAAACGGAUUAUAAUGUCGAAAGUGAAAGGCAAGAAGGGGUGGAAAAAUUCUACAAGAAUAAUCAUAUUUGUCAAACUUAUGACUUCGUGAGGAAUAUGAGAGUAGAGUAUGGAAAAUUUGACAAGGAGGAAAUGGGCAUAUGGGAAUGCUGUGAACUUCGCUACAAUAUUGUGGAUGAAAGUGAUCCUGCCUUGGAUGAGCCUCGAAUACAGCACUUAUUGCAGACAGCUGAAGCCAUGAGAAGAGACCAUCCUGAGGAAGAUUGGCUGCACUUGACUCCCCUAUCCAUGGUACACUACUCCCCUGUUCUUCAUCCUAAAUAUGCUACCAUUAGACUUUCUAAUUCCAUGGGAAAGACUCCAGAUCUUGGGAAGAUCCUUCUUCAUCCAAAAUUCAGCAAGCUGCCUCAGCGGGCUGUUGUUGUAUUUCAAAGACAAAACCCGACAUCAAUGAUCCCAAGUACAAUACCAGAAAUGGAGUUUACAGUGAAGGCUGUGGACUUGAGAAUGUUUUAA